AUGUUUGUUUCACCGCCACCAGCGACUCUAAUGAGCCAAGUGCUUCAAAGGAAACAUUCAAAGAAAAAUUCAGACACACAAAGUAAUAACAUCGGCUUACAACCGAUUGUGGAAGAAAAUAAUUCAGAACAUUCUAUCAUGACGGGUGCACCCUCCAUGUAUGAUCCAACAGCACUCCAGCAGCAGCAGCUGAACAAAAAUGGCACUGAUUUUGUCAGCGCCCCACCAGAGUAUGCGGACAGAGCAAGGUCUGAGAUUAGAAAGAGGUUACUCCCACCAAACAGCAAUAAUGUUAGGUCUGCAAGGUCCUCGUCUCAUACGAGCAGUAGGUCAGUGACGUCAAGAAACACGAACGAUCGUGCAAGUAUUGAUCACAGGAGUCUAGCGUCAGACGAUGCAUCCUCGUACCAAUCGAGUAUCUUUUCGCAUCCAUCCACGAUGUUCACACAAUCGAGUGGAGACAUUGGCCUGACGCCUGUAAGCACAUGCGAGAUCACAACUGCGAAAUUCAUUACACAUGUGACACUAGAGGAGGCUCUACCGAAGACAUUCUUUGACAUGUACACAGCCGAAGUAUUGAUGUCGGAUCCGACGACAGUGCUGCCCAACGGCAGACCGAGCUUUACGAAGAGGGAACUGCUGGACUGGGAUCUCAACGAUAUAAGGUCUUUACUGAUUGUAGAGAAGUCGCGACCGGAAUGGGGCAGCCAGUUACCUGAGGUAACCACGAGUGGACCAAACUUGCCCCAAUUCAGACUGCAAUUACUGCCACUAAACGCAACUGAUAACUGUAUCAUAACGACUCUAGUCAGUUCAGAUCUUUACUUGGAGGCACACCUGGAUUACGAAUUCAAACUAACCAGUGCCAAAUAUACAGUUGCUGCGGCACGGAAGAGACAUGAGCAAAUGACGGGCCGCAAUGAGGCUGUAAUGCAUUUGAGUAAACCGGAAUGGAGAAACAUCAUAGAGAAUUAUCUACUGAACGUCGCAGUGGAGGCUCAAUGUCGCUUCGACUUCAAGCAAAGAUGCUCCGAGUACAGGAAAUGGAAACUUCAGCAGUCGAAUCUAAAGAGACCGGAUAUGCCUCCACCAAAAAUGAUACCGUCAAGGAAAGCCAUGCAAAACAAUCUACUGAAAAUGACCCUAAUGAAAAACCUUCACAACAGCUCUCAACAGGCCAAUAGUAGCGCAACGACUCAGGGAGAGAUGAACGAGUUUCAUAACGAUCAAGGACAGAAAAUUUCGUUGACUCCAGAGGAGAAAGCUAAUAUAUGGGCUCACUGCCAGACUCAGGUAUACCAGAGAUUGGGGCUUGAUUGGAAGCCGGAUUGUGUGAAAUAA